GGCCUAGCUAAGCAAGAAAUAGACCAAGGUCCAGUCCAUUAAUUUAUGGACCUGUCAACCCAGAGCUUUUGUUAGGAAAAAAAGGAAGAUUUUGCGGAAUUUGGUUAGGUAAGGUAUCGACGGAAGCAGAAGGAGCAUCUUCAACAAUGGCUACCCUAGCAACAACACAAUACCACCACCACCAUCCAACAUCGCUAGAGGAAGUCCGUACGCUUUGGAUAGGAGACCUCCAGUUUUGGGUCGAUGAGUCCUACCUCAACUCUUGCUUUGCUCACACUGGCGAGCUAGUCUCAAUAAAAAUUAUACGUAACAAGAUCACUGGCCAGCCCGAGGGAUAUGGAUUUGUGGAGUUUGUUUCUCAUGCAGCCGCAGAAAGAAUACUGCAGGCUUACAAUGGGACACCAAUGCCUGGAACUGAUCAAAUGUUCAGGUUAAAUUGGGCAUCAUUUGGCAUUGGAGAAAGACGUACUGAUCCUGGGCCUGAGCAUUCUAUAUUUGUUGGGGAUUUGGCACCUGAUGUUACAGAUUAUCUAUUGCAAGAGACCUUUCGUGCUCACUAUCCAUCUGUUAGAGGUGCCAAGGUUGUGACUGAUCCAAAUACUGGACGCUCCAAGGGAUAUGGAUUUGUUAAAUUUUCUGAUGAGAUUGAGAGAAAUCGUGCUAUGACUGAGAUGAAUGGUGUCUAUUGCUCAACUAGAGCUAUGCGUAUUAGUGCAGCAACACCAAAGAAGACCACUGGUUUACAGCAGCAAUAUGUUGUGGCAAAAGCUGUAUACCCUGCUCCAGCGUACGUAACUCCUGUGCAGAUGCUUCCACCAGAUAAUGAUAAUACUAAUACCACAAUUUUUAUUGGCAACUUGGAUCCAAAUGUCACAGAGGAGGAACUGAAGCAAUUCUUCUUGCCAUUAGGAGAGAUUUUAUUUGUCAAGAUUCCUGUUGCCAAAGGCUGCGGUUUUGUACAGUUUGCAACCAGGACAUCUGCUGAAGAAGCUAUACAGAGGAUGCAGGGGCAAAUGAUUGGUCAACAAGUUGUCCGCAUUUCAUGGGGUAGGAGCCCAACAGCUAAACAGGACCUACCUGGUAGCUGGGGUACACAAGUCGAUCCAAGUCAGUGGAGCGCAUACUAUGGUUAUGGACAAGGCUAUGAUCCUUAUGCUUAUGGAGCUACCCAGGAUCCCUCUUUGUAUGCAUAUGGUGCAUAUGCUGGCUAUGCACAAUAUCCCCAACAGGUUGAAGGUUCUCAGGAAAUGGCAGCUAUGGCAGGUGCUGUCCCAGCUGUAGAACAGAGAGAGGAGUCAUAUGAUCCAUUGGCGACACCUGAUGUUGAUAAGUUAAAUGCCACCUACCUCUCUGUUCAUGGAAGUGCCAUAUUAGGCCGGCCCUUAUGGCUGAGAACCUCCUCCAUUUCUCCGCAAGCUUGAGUGAGUCUCUGCUUUCACGUCUCUUAUUUAUGGUGAUCAUCAGCUUUUUAUUUGGUUACGUGGAAAAUGAUCAUUGCCAGUUUAGUUGCCAGAAACUCCCUCGACGGAAGAUAAGAGAAAAUGACAAAAAUUUCUAUAGCCUGAUGUUUUCUACUCACAUUAGGCACAAUUGUGAUGUCCUGUAGUGCCCCUAGGAUGAAUAUUCACACAUAACUGAGUAUAGCUUUUUCUAUUUGUUUAACAUAUCUCCAGAGUUGGACCCUUUAUGUUUUAUUGUGUAGAUUAGCUAACCUUAUAUCGAUAGAAGAGAAUAUAGCAUCAUAUCAGGGUGAUUGAAAUGCAAACUGGUUGAAUCAAGAGUUUAUCUCAGUUGCUUUAUAUAAUCACUUUUAAAAGGUGAUUUUAGCCUGUCUCGAGUUUGAAUCUAAACAUUUACAAUUUUUUUUUCUAUUCUAGUGUUGUUGCUUUCUUUAUAAAAAAAAAAGGAAAAAUACAAGCUGGUUGGUGAUCUAGUUUUUCUUGAUUAAAUGUAUUUGGUGUUUGUGGUUGUACGAUUUGUUGCAAUUGGCCAGUAACCAUGAAAAAACUGAAAUACCUGCCAAAAUACUAUGGUUUUUACCAAAUUUCUCAUUACGGUUAACAAAUAUAAUUUAAUAGGAA